AUGUCUCGCGCGUUUGUUCCGGGAGGAAGGUGCAUCUUCGACACGGAGUGUAAUCCGGACAAGAUCACGGCAGGAUGGCAAGAUCUAUUUGGCGACCCACUACUGUCGCUGGAACGAGUGCGAGCAAAAGGCACUUCAGGCUACAUAACAGAUGACAGCUUGCGGAGUCUCUAUUGGAGGGUCUACCUCGAGUUCCUGCCACUUUCACCGGAUGCGUGGCUCUUACUCCUGGCGAAGGAACGGCAGGGUUAUGCUGACCUAAAGGCGAAAUAUAUGAGCGACCCGAAUGCAGCGGCGAAAGCGUCGAACGAUUGGACUUUGAACAAUCCCUUGUCCACCGCUGAGGAGAGUCCGUGGACGCAAUAUUUCAAAGACGCAGAAUUGCAAAAGGUCAUUCGCCAAGAUGUCGAGCGAACGUUUCCUGACGAGCCCACAUUCCGAUCGAAAGACACCCAAGACCUGAUGACAGGCAUUCUCUUCAUCUGGUGCAAACUCAACAUGGACGUUUCCUACCGACAGGGCAUGCAUGAACUGCUUGCUCCCAUUCUCCUUGUGGUAAAACGAGACGCGUUGGACCCGGACGAUGUCGCAGGAAAGGCCGAGUUAGACCCGACUAUCGCGGCGACGUUUGACUCGGAAUAUAUCGAACAUGACACUGCUGUCAUGUUUUUCUGUCUGAUGCGGUCAACGAAACCUUGGUUUGAGGCAAAGAUCCCACAAGUGCCAAUAAUUACAAUCUGCCGACGGAUCCAAAACGACCUCCUACGCGUCCUGGAUCCCAAACUGUACCAACAUCUCGACAAACAGCAGAUCGAGCCGCAGCUUUAUGGGUUGCGGUGGUUUCGGCUCCUGUUUGGCCGCGAGUUCGCCUUACCGGACUUGAUAUACCUCUGGGAUGGGAUCUUUGCUGACGACGCGAAUCUGGGCCUGGUGGAGUGGAUAUGCGUCGCGCUUUUGCUUUACUUGAAGGAUGAUCUUAUAGGGAAGGACUACUCCUGGACCCUGCACACCCUCAUGAAACUCCCCAUCACAUCCCUGGCAACCGUCACACAGCUCAUCCGCACCGCCCGCCACCUCCGCGACAAGUUCGCCGAUCUGGCCCUACAAACAGCAUCCUCCGACACCUUCAACUCGCCGACCAACUCCGUAUCGUUCUCCUUUCCCGCAUCAUCGCCAACCUUCACCUCGCCGUCACCCUCAUCUCAAGGCCCGCAGGCCUUGAAUCAGGUCAUGGAGAAACACAGGAAGAAACGUAACGUCCCGUGGGUGCAGCAUACCCCAUCCAGCCCGGUCCGGCAGAAUAGCACAGGAGCCGUGGGCGGGAACGCGCCGAAGAAGGAGGUGGUACACGAUGGCGAUACUGUCACGCCGGCCGGGGGUAUCAAUGCGGCCGGAGCUAAGGAUGGAGGGGAAGCGAGAUUCAAGGAACGAUUGAAAUGGGUGACGGAGAGGGAUCGGCGGUUGGCUGAGAAGGUGGCGGGAUGUAUUAGGGAGUUGACGGCUCUGCUGGGAGAUACGGAACAGGAAGGGAAAACGGAAGUGGCGGGGAAGGACGACAGGGACGCUUCUUUGAGGAGCGUUUUGGGAAGUAUGCGCGGGGUUUUGGAGGUGUUGGACAGUGAGUGUACGGAGCAGACGCAUGAUUCCGAGCAUACGCCGGAUGGUUCUGGGAACAGGGCUACCGCGACGCCGGUGCAAAACAACGCAAAUGCGGAUGGCGAUGUCGAUGUGGACAAGACUCGUAGCACUACAUCUGCCCUUGCUUCCGCGUCAACAGCGGCUCCCACUGCAACUGCGCCAUCCGCCCCUGCGCCUACAGCAACGACAGCAAAACCCGAAGUGGCAGCACCAGCGAACCCAACACCAACAUCACAACCGGCACCCUCCCUCCCAUCCCUGCAAUGGGGCAGCAACGCCGACAUCCGCCAUGGCCAGGUCGUAGUCCCACGCGCCGCCAAAUCCGCUGCACCAUCACCCUCAUCGACAUCCUCGGCCAACCACAUAUCCUCGUACACCCGCCGGGAAAAUGGCCCCACCUCCACCUCCGCAGGAGCAGCAGCAGCAGGCAUCAGCCACCGCAUGGGCAGCUCGGAAGAAAUCCGGUUCACCCCCAACCCCCCCACCUCCGCAUCAUCAUCCAUACCCUCGCCACGCUCGCCAACCAUCGCCCACCCGCAUGCGCAACGUACACGGAACAGGAGCGAGAGCGGAGGGAGAGCGGAUCCACUGGGUGCUGGGGGUGUGACGGGACAUGUGCUGCCGACGACGGGGGUUGUGAAUAGGACGGGGGAGCGGAUCAUGUACCCGCCGCCUAUAUAG